UGCUCUUAGUAAAGUUAGUAUCAGUUUCUUGUGUUCUUGCUAAUUGGGAGCAUCGAACUAGAAUUUUUGGUUGUUUUUCAAAAAACAAUGUGCGACCCUUUCAGCGGACGGCGAAUUGUAACAGCGCGCUCCUCUAAAUUUGGCGUUUCUUUUGCUAUGAGUUGGGAAAUCUUCAUUAUGAAUUUAUUUAUAUGGCGGGGAACUGUUUCAAAACUGCCAUUUCAGGACCAAAACACACUCGAGCUUUCCUCUAUUUCUCCCAGACUUUUUGUCAAACAUUUACAUCAUGGAAAACAAGAACCAAACAGACCCGGAAGGUGUCGAUGAAAGUUCAGAGGAAUGCACGCGCAAUAGUAUUUACUUUAAAACCCAGCCGUGUUUCAAGUUCAUGCAAGGGAGAUGCCGCUUCAGUUCCUGCAAAUUUGCCCACGGAAUUCACGAGCUCAGAAACCCUUCAAAAAUGCCCAUGCUCGGAGACGCAGAUCAUGAAUUUCACAGAGCCCGAUAUAAUAAUAACGAAGGCAGCAGAAAGGAUUGUUCUGUCAAUAAAGGGGCCUCAAACAGUAAUGGGUGUGUUUCUUUACAGAAACAGCAGCAAGGUUUUAAGCGGCGCCGCGUCUGUUAUCAGUAUGAGGCCACAGGGACUUGUUCUUUCGGGGAUAGUUGCCGUUACCCUCAUGAAUCUCCGAAAAUCGUGCAAGAAGGUCAUAAGGAUUUCAAUGCCGGUUCAUAUGUGUACCCCAACCAAUCUGUUUGGAAACACCAAACCCCUAAUGGGUAUUCUGUCCCAUGCCCUGCUUCAACCAGUGCUUUAAUUGACGCCGCCCAUAUGAUGGACAAGAGCAAGACUGCUAAUGCCCAUGCGACAUCAAUUUACAAGUCCACAGAAGAUAUCGAUAGCGGCAAUAAUAACGUAAUUCAGGUAUCUGCAUGUCAGAAGAGCUUGGCCAGGUGGAAGGGCCCCCAGAAAAUCAGCAGAAUCUAUGGUGAUUGGAUUGAUGAAUAAGUUGAGUAAGGUGGUCUGUUUGUACAUUUGUACAUGAUCUGUGUAUAUUGUUAAGAAUGUAUAUGUGAAAAACAAGAUUAGAAAUGAAAAAGAUUGGCGAACUCUAUAUUUGCUCCCUUUA